AUGGCGGGUGCCAAAGGCGGCAACGCCGCCUCGCCGACAGACGCAUCUCCCAGCGACUCCGAGAGACGGCUUUGGGACACGUGGCGGGACAAUCGCGAGCGGCUGGAGCGCGAGGUGCAGAUACUGACGCAGUACUCGCAUAAGCUCGUGGAGGAGACGCAGACGGUCCAGGACGCUAUGGAAGGCAUGCUCACCGAGUUCGAAGGCGAGAGGAAGCGUGUCGAGGCGCACCACGGUGCGACGGUGGCGCGCUACCAAGGCUUCAUGGACGCCCUGCGCGCACGCGAGGAGGCCUGUCUGGCAGCGAAGCAGCGAGCGCUGGAUCGCAUCCGCACUUCUCGAGAGACUGUGAGUCGACUUCAGCGAGAGCAGGAGGCAACGCGGGAUGCCAUCAUUUUGGCGACAGACGGGCGCGAUCGGCUGGAGCAGGAGCUGGCCAGCGCGAACGGCACGGCUGCGGAGCGCGCGAUAUCCCUUGAGCGCCUGCAGCAAGAGGAGGAUCGCAUGAAGGAUGCCACCUAUGGCCUUAGCGGGGAGGUGAAGGGGUGGGUGCUGGAGAUGGAGCGACUCCGCAAAGAGAAGCACCGCAUCGAUGUGCAGUCGAUGGAGGCUGAGGUGGCUCGGCGAGAGCUGUACUCCCUGUGCGAGGAACUGAAAGGCUCUAUUCGUGUCUACUGCCGCGUGAAGGGCUCUGCCCUGCCAGUAGCUUCGCAACUGCCUAGUGAUGACACCAUAUGCGGUGCGGCGCCGGCGCUGCAGGCCGUUCGCCCGUCAAGGCCGGACAAUAUUAGCACCUGCGUGGGAGAGGGCGCUGCAGCUACUGUGGUCGCGCCUGUCGCCAUGCCCCCCGUCAGCCGGCUGCCCAGCCGCAGUGGAUCGACGGGGUCGUCUCUUUCAGCCGGCAUGCUGGCGGUCGCGAGCACUCCCACGAGCACCGUAGGAGCUGCCGUGGCAAAAGCAGACGCCCGUCGCAAUGCCGGUGGUGGUGGGUCGCGUAGCGGCUGCUCCACGACAAGGUCAAGCAUAGCCACGGCGAGCGUCAUGGGGGACGGUGAGGCCGACGCCACCGCGGACGAAGGUGCAGCACCCGUCUUUUCCUUCCCGGAUCGCGGGGAGGCAGAUAAUCUCAGCGACGCUAACCGGAGGGCGGAGCAGGGCGGGCUCCUGCGAGUGCGUGGGGCAGCGCCGACGGCGACCGCAGGCGGUGCCACGGCAGCCUCCGCCCAUGCCGUGAUGCCGCUCCUCUGCCCUUCGACAGCGCAGGGUCCGGGAGAGGAGGAGGCGUAUCUUCUCGUGGAUGCUGCUGCGGCUGCUGCGGUACAUCUGCCGCACAGUAGCGGGCGAUCCAUCACAAUCCACCAGACGCGCUCCAACGCCACUUCGACAGGCCUCAGCAGCUUCACGGAGACCUUCACCUACGACAAGGUUUUCACUGGCGACGCCCGGCAGGAGGAGGUGUACCGCGAUGUCGAGCCACUCGUGCGCAACGCCGUUGACGGCUACCGCGUGUGCAUCUUCGCGUAUGGGCAAACAGGCAGCGGCAAGACCUUCACCAUGGAGGGCGACGUGCAAGGCAGGCCGGAGGUGUACGGCGUCACUCCACGCGCUCUUCAGACGAUACUGCAGCGGCAAGCCGAGCUCGCCAACGAGGGCUGGAGCUAUGAGCUGUCUUGCACGUUUAUCGAAAUCUACAACGAUGUCAUCCGCGACCUGUUUCAAAGUGGGUCGGCGCGAUACGAGGCGAUGCUGCAGCAGCAGCACACAGCUCCGACAACGUCCUCCUCCGCUUCUGUGUACCACACGAUCAAGCACAGUGGAGACCGCACCCACAUCACCAAUGUGAUGGAGCGAAAUAUACGUAGCGUGGAGGAGUUCCUGCAGCUCUACAAGCAGGCAGUGCUACAGCGAAGCACCGCCAAGACAGAUCUCAACGAUGUCUCCUCGCGCUCGCACUGCAUCUUCACGCUGCACAUUUCCGGCACAAACGCCACGAUUCGCCAACGCAGCGACGGGGUGCUCUGCCUAGUCGACCUCGCAGGCAGCGAGCGUAUCAACGAUAGCGGCGUGCAGGGCAAGCAAUUCAAGGAGGCGGUGAACAUCAACCGCUCCCUGUUGGACCUCGGCAAGUGUAUCCGCGCUCUGCGCUGCGGGGCGGUGGUGCCGUGGCGUAACUGCAAGCUCACAUAUCUCCUCCAGAACUACCUCGGCGCGAAAGGCGGGAAGAUGCUGAUGAUCGUGACGGUUUCCAAUGCGAAGGCGCACGCGCUGGAGAGCUUGAACUCGCUGCGGUUUGCGGCACGGGUGCAGGAAACAUACGUUGGCACGUCUGUGAAGCGCGUGACAAGUAUCUAG